AUAAUUUUCCUGAAAAAUGUCAACCGGUUCUCCGGUUCUACCACCCGCCACCGCCACCACCAACAACAACCUCUUCGCCGCCGUGGACAUCGGGACAAAUUCCUUCAAACUGACAGUCGUCCGCGUCGAUCCUUCUUCCGGCAGAUUCCUCACCUUCAAUCGCCUUAAAGAACCAGUCAUACUCGGCCUCGACACCACCACCACCUCCUCCGCCCCCACCAUCUCCGCCGCCUCUCUCGACCGCGCAAUAACCGCUGUUCGAAAAUUCCAGCAUUUCAUCCACUCGCACCGCCUUCCCCCUUCCCAUCUCCGCCUCGUCGCCACCUCCGCCGUCCGCGAAGCUUCCAAUAAAUCCCAAUUCAUCGGAGCUGUUAACGAAGCCCUAGGCCUUAACGUAGAAGUCAUCUCCGGCGAAGAAGAGGCGCGCCUCAUUUACCUCGGGAUCCUACAAUUCUUCCCCGUUUUCACCUCUACAGUCCUCACAAUCGAUAUCGGCGGUGGAUCCACCGAGUUUACGGUGGGGCUUAACGGAAAUGUUCUAUUUUCCAAAUCACUGAGACUAGGGCAUGUCACUUUAACACAGCAAUUCAGCGACGUUACGAAAAUGCGAGAGCACAUACGGAGCGAACUAGAGGCCUCUGAUUUGAUCGGUAAAAUCAAUGAUUUCAAAAUAGAUGCUGUCAUCGGUUCAUCGGGUACGAUUAGGGCUAUUGAAAAGGCAGUGUGCAAAGGCUAUGCACGUAAGAUAGAGGAAAACGUUGGGGUGUUCGAGGAAUUUACUAAAAGGGAGUGGAGGUUUACUAGGCACGAGUUGAGGUGUUUAGUGGAGAGGCUUUACGACGAAGAAAGUGAAAUAAACGGAAAGGCGAAGAGGUCGAGGUUUUUCAAGAAACGAGCUGCAUUCAUUUUGGCAGGAACCGUUUUACUUGAUGAGGUAUUUGAGAAGCUUGCAAUUGAGGAAAUAGAGGUCUCGGAGUACGCAUUAGGGGAGGGGGUGAUUACGGAGAUGCUUGGGCAUGCUUUUCAAGGGUUCGAUUUGAAUGCAAAUGCACGAUGGAGGUCAGUUUUUAAGUUAGCGAUGAGGUUUAAUAAUAAGAAGAGGAUGAAGGCUGCUACUAUGUGUGCGACUAUUGCUAGGGAGAUUUUUGAAGGAUUGAUGAAAUCGAAUCAGCUCUACAAUGGGAAUGAUGAUAAUCAGCUUUAUGUCCCCUUGGAUGACAGUGAUCUUGAGUACCUUGAUGCUGCUAGUUUGCUUCACAAUAUUGGCAUGUCUACUGGCAAGAAGGGUUAUCAUAAACAGUCUUAUUUCGUUAUAAUGAAUGGGGAUGAACUGCAGGCUUACAGUAAGGAGGAGAUUAAGAUAAUAGCAUUGCUCGUGAGAUACCAUAGAAAGAAAUUUCCGAAAAAUGAUGUUCUUGAGGGAUCUUCCAAAGAGGUAAGGCAGAAAUUCAGAAUCCUUUGUGCAAUUAUGCGGGUGUCCUAUGCAGUGCAACAAUGUCUUCCUGUGAAUUUUCAGUUCAUGGGAUUUAUACAUUCUCCAGAAGGUUUUAAGUUGGUACUAAGUGAAGGUGAGGCAAGAAACCAGUCCACUGAUAUUGUGCACCCAUUAUUAGCUGGUGAUAUGAAUGUGUUGAUGGAGAAAGAAUUUGAACACUUUAGUAUGGUUUUAAAGCAAAAGUUGUCAAUUCUAGUUACUUGACGGCAAACUGCAACUUGAAGUUGUUGAUGAUCUUAGUAGUUGAUCGUGUAUUUGGAAUGAUUUGUAGAAUAUGAAUUGGCUUGUAUUAUAAUUGUAAUUUUUGAAAGGGAUAAUGGCAAAUAAGCCCGUAACACACCAAUUAAUUUAAAUAGUGACAUUCAACUUUUUUGCUUGUAAAUAAAUCAACCACUCCGGUACUUAUAAUAGUCAUUGACGUUGGGGCAACCUAACAAAUCCUAAUAGAAUAUUUGUUAUUUUUUUUAAA